CUCCCGCUUUACGGAUUGAACUAAUUCACACAAUGGAAUGGGGAGUUUUCCCCUGCAGUUGUAAUGAAGUUUUCUCGGUAGUGUCUUACCCACGAAGUGCCGCUAAAUCUUCUGCGUUGUUUAGGUGGACAAAAUAGACGGGCAGAAAUAUGGAUGGCAAUUUUAAUAACGGCUUGAAACCUGAGACCAUAGAAAGCACAAAUAGUCAACAGGCUCCAAGAGUACCAGACGAAUCGCUACUAGAUGAAAACUAUUUUCUGAACUCGGAGGUGCUAACAAAAGUUCCAUUUCCUGAUGCUGAUGAAGAGCAAAAUAACUUGUUGAAGGGAUACAGUUCUCCUGGUUUAUACUCCCAAGGGAGUAUGGAAGAAGGGAGAAUUCCUAUUGAACAAAGGGAAAUACAUAUCAGCAACUUACAGAGACUUACAGAAUUCAUUCCUCAGUUAAAUAAGCAGUCCAUGCUACAAUCAAUCAAAACGGACUUCAAAUUGUCUAGAGACAGAGACACUGAGGACGCAUUCUCAUCUAAGGAAACGGGCCGCGAACAUAUAUUCCAGGACACGCUUUCCAGAGAACCAGAGUCCAGAUUAAGAGGAAGUUUUAACACUAAGCAAGGUCAAAUGGAGGAGUCUUCCCGAACACAACUGGCAGCACAAGCCCCAGAUAGUAAUUUUAGGGAAUCUAGUUACAGCUAUAGCAGCAAAUCUCCAAUGGGUGAAAAUCAUGGAAACUCGUAUACAUCAGGUGUAAGGAUAAAGGAGGAACCUAUGGAUGAAGAUUAUGAACGGGCCCUGGCACCUGCUUCCACCGUUGUAGAGAAAGUCAAAGAGGAGCCUGAUAACUCAGAGGAAUAUUCCCAGCAGCCGAAAGUUUCUGAUGGGGAACUGAAGAUCAGUGCCGUGUUUUCAGUCAGUGGCAGCCCCCUAGCCCCUCAGCUCUCGAGUGGAAUACAGACUCCACUAAGUUCUCCAGGUUUGAAUAAGUCUCUUCCUGCAGUUCCGGCUGUUCCUGCCGUUCCAGCUGUUCCUGCAGUUCCGGCUGUUCCAGCAGUCCCUGCUGUUCCUGCAGUCCCCACAACCGCUGUCAGGGUUUCCUGUUCAGGCUGCAAAAAGAUUCUUCAAAAAGGACAGACAGCAUACCAACGUAAGGGGUCUACACAGCUUUUCUGUUCCACCCUUUGCCUUACUGGCUACAAUGUACCCCCCGCCCGCCCACCCAUGCCUGCUACCACCAGGAAAACAUGUUCCAGCUGCUCAAAAAUAAUUGCUAAUCCCAAGGAUGUCAUCACAGCUCAGUUUGAUGAGCCUGGUGGCAGUAAGGACUUUUGCAGCCAAUCCUGCCUCUCUACUUUUGAGAUCAAGAGGAAAGCUUCUGUCACCAUCCAUACCAAUAGCAUUUCCACAAAGUGCAGUGUUUGUCUAAAAAAUGCUGUUAUUCGGCAUGAGGUAAAUUACCAAAAUGUGGUGCAUAAGCUCUGCAGUGACGCUUGCUUUUCUAAAUUUCGCUCUGCCAAUAACCUUACGAUGAACUGUUGUGAGAACUGUGGAGGAUACUGUUACAGCGGUUCUGGCCAGUGCCAUUUGCUGAACAUUGAUGGUCAGUGCAAGAAAUUCUGCAGUUCAACUUGCGUUACUGCUUUCAAACAGAAAUCUGCUAAAAUCACUCCAUGUGCUCUGUGCAAAACCUUACGUUCCUCGGCAGAAAUGAUUGAGAACACCAACAGCAUGGGUCGCACUGAGCUGUACUGUUCUGUUAACUGUUUGUCCGCCUACAGGGUCCAAAGCGUGACUUCAUCAGGUGUACAAAUUCAGUGUAAUAGCUGCAAAACUAUGGCCAUACCACAGUAUCAUUUGGCAAUGUCUGAUGGGAGCAUUCGAAAUUUCUGCAGUUAUAACUGUGUAGUUUCAUUUCAAAACCUCUUUAGCAAAUCCCCUGGGGUUAAUUCUUCAGUGGUCCCUCUUACCCAAGGCCAAGUGAUCAUGAACGCCAAUGCAAGUACAGUGACACAAGCUGGAAGCAGUACACAAUCUGUGGUGUCUGCCACGUCAACCACCUCUACUUCAACAGUUAGCAGCAGCAGCAGCAGCAAUUCGGCUGCUGCUGGACUUCAGAGGUUAGCUGCACAGUCACAGACACAGACACAACAGCAGAACAACCUUUCUCGCCUUUCAGUGAAGUUAAGGUGUCAGCAUUGCAGUCGACUGUUUGCCACCAAGCCAGAACUCUUGGACUAUAAGGGUAAAAUGUAUCAGUUUUGCGGUAAAGCCUGCUGUGAUGAAUACAAAAAAAUUAACAUGAUUACGGCAAUAUGUGAAUACUGCAAAAUAGAGAAGACUAUUAAGGAAUUGGUGCGCUUCUCAGGAGUUGAAAAGGUUUUCUGCAGUGAAGGUUGCAAGCUACUGUACAAACAUGACCUUUCUAAAAAGUGGGGAAGUUACUGUAAGAUGUGCAGUUACUGCUGCCAAACCUCUCCAAAGUUGGUGCGGAAUCAUUUUGGAGGGAAGUUGGAAGAGUUCUGUGGAGAGGAAUGCAUGUCAAAAUUCACAGUGCUGUUUUAUCAGAUGGGUAAAUGUGAAAGUUGCAAGCGACAAGGCAAGCUGAACGAAUCGCUGAAGUGGAGAGGGGAGAUGAAGCACUUUUGUAACCUAAUGUGUUUAGUGGUGUUCUGCAGUCAGCCGAGCACAGGAGAAGCAUCUCCAGUCAACAAUACAGCAUCCAAUGCCCCUAUGAUUCAACCAGUUCCAGCUUCCCCAGGCUCCUCUGGGGCUAAAGAUUCCACUCCAGUCAUUGCCAAUGUGGUGUCACUCGCAAGUGCCCCUGCUGCGCAGCCUACUGCAACCUCUACCAAUGUCCUACAAGGUGCUGUUCCAACUGUAAUGGCUAAAAUAAUUGGAGAUGCAAGUACCCAAACAGAUGCCCUUAAGCUUCCUCCUUCACAGCCCCCUAGAAUCCUCAAGAACAAAGCUCUACUGUGCAAGCCAUUGUCCCAGACCAAGGCCACCUCUUGUAAACCUCACACACAACACAAGGAGUGUCAAACAGAGGAUGAUGGAAAACCACAGAUUUUGGUGCUUCCUGUUCCUGUGCCAGUGUUUAUUCCUGUUCCCAUGCACCUGUACACCCAGUUUGCCCCAGUCCCGCUUAGUUUUCCACUACCCGUUCCAGUCCCAGUGCUGAUCCCCACAACUCUGGACAAUGCUGAUAAAAUUAUAGAUGCAAUUGAAGACCUCAAAGAAAAAGUUCCAUCAGAUCCCUUUGAGGCAGACAUUCUCCAGAUGGCAGAAAUGAUUGCUGAAGAUGAAGAAAAAGAGAAAACAUCACACGGAGACCAGGGCAGUACAUACAGUGGAGACUUGGAAUCUGAAGCAGUGUCUACACCACACAGCUGGGAGGAUGAAUUAAACCACUAUACUUUGAGGUCAAACAACUUGCAAGAAACUGAUGCAGACCUUCAGCAGCUGUCCAGAGUGGGAAUCGAGCAGGACUUGGAGACAGACUUCCCAACAGAAUCAUUUGACCCACUAAAAGGUUCCAGUGGAUUUGGUCGGUCCAGAGGCAGACGAAAACACAGAGAUGGAUUUCCCCAACCUAAAAAACGGGGUCGCAAAAAGUCAGUAGUAGCUGUGGAACCACGAAACCUUAUUCAGGGUUCAUAUCCUGGAUGUUCGGUUUUAGGUUCCACAUUAAAAUAUAUGUAUGGGGUAAAUGCUUGGAGGAAUUGGGUACGGUGGAAAAACUCUCAAGAGGAGCCAGAAGACAUCAAGUUUGGAGUGCGACCUGUAAAGUUAAAAGAAGAUAUUCUAUCAUGCACCUUUGCUGAACUAAGUUAUGGUUUGUGCCAGUUUAUUCAGGAGGUACAACGGCCAAAUGGAGAAAAAUACAAUGCAGACAGCAUCCUAUAUCUGUGCCUUGGAAUUCAGCAGUAUCUUUUUGAAAACGGGAGGAUAGAUAAUAUCUUUAUGGAACCCUACUCCAGGUUCAUGGUGGAACUUACAAAGCUGUUGAAGAAUUGGCACCCACCUGUCUUACCUAAUGGUUAUUUGUUUUCAAGGAUCGAAGAAGAACAUUUGUGGGAGUGUAAGCAGCUUGGUGCCUACUCGCCUAUAAUCCUUCUCAACACCCUUUUAUUCUUCACCACCAAAUUCUUCCAGUUAAAGACUGUGACAGAACACCAUCAACUCUCCUUUGCCUAUGUCAUGAGACGUACAAAAACGCUGAAAUACAACACAAAAACCACCUACCUGCGCUUUAUGCCUCCUUUUCCAAAGCAGGAGUCAGAACAUGAAAAAGUAACAGGUGGCAAGCGAAAAAGGUUAGAGGAAGAGGAUGGUCAGUUUGUGAUGGAGAUGGCUGAGAACACAGACAAUCCACUCAGGUGUCCUGUCAGGCUAUAUGAAUUUUACUUAUCCAAAUGUUCUGAAAGUGUAAAGCAGCGGAGUGAUGUCUUUUACCUUCAGCCAGAGCGCUCCUGUGUACCUAAUAGCCCUAUGUGGUUCUCCACCAUGCCCAUUGACCUGGGCACAUUGGACAGCAUGCUGACUCGCAUCCUUAUGGUUCGAGAAAUUCAUGAAGAGCUGACCAAAGCGAAAGAGGACUCAGAGGGGGAACUAUCUGAUUAAAGUUUCUUCAGAUCCUCCCAUCUUUCCAACUUCCAAAGCCCUAAGUACUAUAUGUUCUACAUAAAGCUGGGCUGGGCAAGCACUAAACUGUGAACUUUCUCACCUGGAACUGAUACACUGCCCUUUUUGCCCAUGAGUCCAUCCCUGUUUAUAUGUAAGCAUUUCCCUGCGGAUUCUAAACAGGAUAUGGACAUAACAGCCCUAUAUCUUUGUGGCCGGCACAGAGAUGAGCAAUGGACUCUAAAUUGUACACCUAACUUUAGGUGUUAAACCCCAAAGUAGGAACUGUAAUUUGUAACUGGAGCAUAGGGAUGAUUGCUUUUAACUCUCUACUGCAGAAAUAUAGUAGGAGCAGCUGAAAGAGUUAAGACAAGAGUCUCUUCACACUAGUGUUGUGUAACACUGUAAAGGGUGCAUAAAGGUACCACCCAUUUUACUUUAUUCAUUGACAGUUUGAAAAUAUAUGUAAACUCUGUAGCAAGCCAUUUUGACUUUCCAAGGAGUUUUGGCAUCCUUCCAAUUAAACAAUCCACUUAACAUUUACCCAGUAAUUGUGGGGGUCACAUUAUACUUCAGAUUUGGCGUUUUCUCUGUCUACGUAAUUACAUUGCUAUUCUAAACUGGAAACCAGUAGUCCUGCAACCAGUAGAAAAUGGUUCUUAGACCAAUUGGACCAGAUCUACCACUUGUAGUGUGGAAUUGGCACAACCAAUAUAUCUCUUGUGCUUAAAAAGGAGUGGUGAUGUUUACGCUAGGGAAACCAUUAAAUAAGGCUGAUAAGUCUAUGGCAAAACAAUAUGAAACUGCACGCACCUCUGGUUGAUAAAAAUAUUUAUGUCACGUAAUCACAAGAAGGCAGAUAUUAAAUCAUUUAGGAUUUACUUUUAUACGUCUCGGCCCCCAGAAUUCCCACUGUGAAAAAGGCCGUAAACAUGAAUUAUGAACAUUUUGAAAACGAAUGCAGGCUGAAAUCUGUCAGCUUUGCAUUUUGUUAGGAAAAUAAUAUGCUUACAUACACUAUUUAAUUAUUUACCCCCACAGAGCCGUAAAAACUGAAUGGUUUGCAGGUUUUGAGAAUAUAUAUUAAAAAAAAAAAAAAUACAAGUUGCCUAUUUUCACUACAAGUUUUUUUUUUUUUUUUUUUUAAAUAUCUCCAAAGUUUUCCUUCUAAGAAGUUUUUUUUUUUUUUUUGCCCUGCUAUUUACAGAUGCAUACAGUAAAUAGAAUAAACCAAACACGUUUGUCUCAUUUUUGUAUUUUUUUUUUUUUUUUUAGUUUAUAUAAGGCAGGUGUUGCUUAGAAAGGAAACCUUGAAGCUACUUUAUAACAUAGUUUUGAUGCACCGUAAAAGAGAAACAUCAAAGAAUUUUAAAAGUAUAUUGCUCUUGGUUUCAAACAUGACAAGAAAAUUAUGUUCUACAAGACCCCUUGAAUAUUUGAUUGUUACACAGUUUUAAUUACCCAUGCAUCUUUCCUUCCAAGGGCAUUAAACACAAGGCCAUUUUUUCAGAAACUUUCAAUUGUAUUAACCCUCUUACUCUUUGAAACAGAGAAACCUAAAAAAUAGCUUGGAUUUUUUUUAUUGUAGAAAUAAGAAAAGAGGGGUACAUUUCCAGAGGAAUUUUUAGCAUUUGUAAAUCAUAGAAGAUCUGCUGGAGACUCUUGCAGAACAUGCACUCUCAAAAGAAGGAUUUUGGCGUUCAGAGAGAAGCAAAUUAUUCUGUAUGUCACUGAUUAUUCAUUACUCUCUUUUCUAUCAGAGGGGACCUCAACAUGUUUCAUUGUGUUAUGUUGCUAUCCCCUUGUAUUUUAAAGAGUUGUAACGAUUCUCAUUUUUCACGUCUUUAAAUUGUUUUUUUGUUUUAUUUUUUUUGUUUUAGCAGUUAAAGAGUUUAAUAUUAAAGACAAAGUAGUCACAUUUUGUGUCUUUUACCCUGCUUGUACAAUAAAUAACUGAUUUGUGUUUUUUA